UGGACUCGAUAAGGAUCUAGAAAGGCAGCCCUCGUGAUGUCCUCAGUUUGAAAUAGCAUCCAUGUAUUGAAACAAGCGGUCUGAGGUCUGGGAGUACUUGUCGUUGAUCAUGGAGACCAAUACAUGCCUAGCUGUAGUGGCAGUGUGUGCGCUCGCAUCCCAAGUGUUGACGGCACCGCUGGAGCCGGGACACGUGGGGAACGCAAACCAAAUGCGCCCUCGGAGUCCUUUGAAUCUUGAAGAGGAGCUGAGACAGCAACAACCAAAAGCUAAUGUGGUGCAGGUUCCGGUGAAUUAUAUACCUCCCCCGCCACCCCCUCUUUUACAUCAAAAUGACGUCAUUUCCGAUGAAGCCAACACGAUGUUAGAUAACCUCAGUUUCGAAGAAAUUGUUGAAGACGUUUUAUCAACAUUGAAGAAACACCCGGAAAUAUUAAAAGAACUUGCACUAGAUGAGGAACAGAAGACGGGGAUACAGAUUGACCAAAAUGACGAGAACGGAAAUAUCCCAACCGACUUCCAGAUGCCUUCUCCCCAACUUCUCGAGAUGCCCAAACGCGUGGAGAAGAAAGCUGGGGGUCUGUACCUCGACAACAAACGUCGGAGCAAACCAGGCAGUUACUGGAAGCAGAGGUAUGGCGGUGACAAGUCCUCGGAUGAGUCGUCAGACAGCGAAUCUGAGCAGGACAGUGAGUCAUCUCAGUCGGUCAGCAAACCUUCUUCGUCUUCCUCUUCAUCAAGCUCGUCCUCAGAGGAGGCAUCCUCCCAAGACGAAUCCUCAGAGGAAUACUCCAAUCACAUUCCACAGAAACGGCAGAAGGAACUGCCCGAGGCGACUAUUGAUCUCUUGCCUCUUCCUGAGGAAGGCGGAAGUGAAUUGAACACGGGAAACAAGCGUUUCCGGGAAUCAAGGACCCACAAGAAAAACGCUGGAACCUACACAGCGUGGGCACCGCCUGCAUCGUUAAAUAUCCCUCAGCAGCUGGAACAUGACGCCGGUAACAACAAGCUCAUCCUGGAGAGUCCCUUUAUGAACUCAAUGCCGCUAUUUCUCCCUGGGGACCUGAAAGGAAACAAACCCAAUGAACUGACGCCCGAAAACCAAGCCGAAAUGAUGGCACUUGCGCAACUGGAAGCCGAGAACGAGUCCGAAGGCGAGAGCGAGGGGGAGGAAGAGGAGGAGGAAAACGUCCCAAUCAAAGACAUGGAACAGCUGCAAUCACUAGAAAACAGGGAACGGAAAAAGGCGGAGGAAAGGGCGAAGAAAGAGAAGAUCUCGUCUGAAGUGAGCAAGUCACAGUUAGAUUCAGAGGAGGGAGAGCUGGUGGCCUUGGCCAAAGACGGAAGUUCAAAGCACAGGGCUGGGGAAAAGUCCAUGUAAAGGAAUCACAAGAUGACAGAUACAAUACAUUUGAAGAAAGAAUAUAGAUUUCACAAACUGUUGCCGAAGAUCACCUUCAACUAUUUAUUAUUGUGUAAAUUGACCAAAGACUGGGUACAUAUUGAGUGUCACCAGUCUGUACCAUUGUUGUAUUAUUAUUAUCGUCAGAGAAAUCCUCCCACAACCAGCAAAUCGAACAUAGCAAUCCUCUUCACUCUAGUGUAAAUCGUAGCGGAUAAUAAUCAGUGUUUCAUUGUGUUUCUUAAUUAUAAAAAUAACAAUAUCUUGAACAAAAAGGAUAAUAAACAGAUAGAUAUGGAGUACAUUUGUGACCUUUACAUAUAUGAGGAAGAAAUACCCGUUGAUACAUUGUAUUGUCUAGACACAGGUUUAUUGAAACGCCAUGUCUUUACAGUCCACCAAUACCAUAGUUCUUCUAUAUAAACAAGUAAUUAAAUUGUUAUCUAUAAGUAAAUUGAUAUUUGACAAGCUGCAGUCCAUGCUAUGCCCUCUGUGAUGAUGUUUCUACUCGAAAGUAAGGCUAUAUAGAACAAAAUAAUGUUAUCAAGUAUCUUUUUAUAGGUUGAUCAAGAUAGAUUGUUAAUUCGAAAGUUAACUAUGAACUAUAUGUGUUUUAAUUCUUCAACAUAAAAAUUACACAGAUAUUUAUCUAAUGGACCCGAUUUGAUGUAUAUAUCACUUACUUUGUACUUUUACAAUCGAAUCUCUAUGUGUGUUCAAAGAACUGAUGAUACAUUCCGUAUAUUGUAGGUCCCCAAACAUGACCACAUCACCACUAAAAACAUUUCUAAUGUGAAGUACUAUGUUGUCUUGGCUUUUUAGAAAACGCUUUAUCCAGUAUUCAAUGUAUAUUGACAUUGUGGUUCUUUGUGUGUCUUUGGAGAAAACUCAGAAGGAUGCGUUGUGGAUCCCAACAGUUGUCAUUUGUUUGUAUAAUCUCGGUCGCCCACACGUCUGAUCUAGACGAACAACGCAUACGGUGGUCAGUACGUGCGAUGUUUCAAGCUCGUCACUUGAUACCAGUGAGACAAGUAACUCAGCAGAUUCUUAUUUGGAUACUGUUCGUGUAUUAAAGGCAUAAAAGAAGGA